UUGGCAAGUCCUCCACAUUCGUGAUUAUGGUCGUUCGUGCUCACUCAUCAGCGGCUGGCGCGCUCGCAUUGCUCUCGGAACCGGACAUAGUGUUCAAGCAGCAUGCUCUGAAGGCUUUAAACCAGCUUGUUCCUCAGUUUUGGGCGGAAAUUUCAGAACACAUUGCCCUCAUCGAGAGCUUGUACGAGUUUGAAGAGCUCCCAAAGGAAGUCCGUGACAUCGCUGCUCUGCUUGCAAGCAAGGUGUACUACUACCUCGGCGAGUACGACGAGGCGUUAUCGUUUGCCCUCGAUGCAGGCAACGCGUUUCAGGCAGAGACUCGAACAUAUGACGCAAAGGAGUAUGUGGAAACUGUUGUUUAUACAUUCACUUGUGCUCGAACUGAGGUUUCUUCCGGUUCGAAGAUUGAGGCUCGAUUGCAGUUCAUUAUAGAAACCAUAUUCCAGCGGUGCAUAGAUGAAGGGGAGUACAAACAGGCCAUUGGCAUUGCUUUGGAAUCCCGUCGGCUCGACAUAAUUUCCCAAAUUUACAACCUCACCGGCGAUGUUUCCCUCUUAUCUUAUGCCAUGGGAAUUGUUCUUGAUACGGGUUUCUCCCUCUCCUAUCGUGAUCAAGUUCUUAAUUUCUUGUCGCCACUGUUCCCGCUACCAUCGCAAGCCAAUUCUACACACAUGCUUGCGCUUGCACGGCUUCACGUGACGUUGAACAACCCUUCUAUAACGGUCUCCCUACUGUCUUCACUGGUUCCAAAGGAGAAGCUCGUUGCCUAUCAAUUCGCAUUCGAUUUGGUAGAAGGUGGGGCAAGAGAUUUCUUGGAAGGGGUGCGGAAGGACCUUCCCCAAGGUAAAGAUGAAACCAAGGAAAUCCUUGAAAACCUCCGCAACAUAUUAGGAGGGGAAGAAACUGUGAAACUCUACCUAGAGUUCUUGAAACGGAACAACAAAGUGGACAUGCUCAUCUUAAAGCAUAGUAAAGAUGUACUGGAACCUCGGUCCUCCAUAUACCACACAGCACUUACACUGCAAAAUGCAUUCAUGCAUGCAGGAACAACAUCCGAUAUAUUCCUCAGGGAACAUCUAGAGUGGCUAGGAAUGGCUACAAAUUGGGCCAAGUUCUCCACUACCGCAGCACUUGGUGUCAUCCACAAGGGGUACUUCCAACAAGGGAUGACCAUUCUAGGUCCUUACCUUCCUCAAACUGGCACCGAAAGUCAGAUACAGGGUGCAAUGUAUUCGGAAGGUGGAGCAUUGUACGCUUUGGGUAUGAUCAAUGCUUAUGGAGGCGGCCAAACCGUGGAUUAUCUCCGGGAAGCUCUGCGAAGCUCUCAGAACGAAGUUGUUCAACACGGUGCCGCCCUCGGACUUGGCAUUGCUGGGAUGGGUAGUCGGAACACUGAUGCUUAUGAUGAUUUGCGGGAGACUCUUUUUUCGGAUUCUGCUGUUGCUGGAGAGGCCGCUGGUUAUGCCAUGGGCUUGAUCAUGCUCGGUUCUGCCAGCCAGGCGCGUGCGGAGGAAAUGAUCACUUAUGCGCGUGAAACUCAGCAUGAGAAGAUUAUUCGGGGCGUGGCGAUGGGAUUGUCGUUUGUGUUUUAUGGACGGCAGGAAGAAGCUGAUGACACCAUCCGGCUACUAUUAGCCGAAAAGGAUCCGAUCUUGCGCUACGGAGGUGUUUACACCUUAGCUCUUGCAUACGCAGGAACUUCAAAUAAUGAUGCAGUGCGACGCUUGUUGCAUAUUGCAGUAUCGGACACAUCUGAUGAUGUGCGGAGGGCUGCCGUGAUUUCGCUGGCAUUUUUACUAUUUAAAAAUCCCGGCCAAGUUCCUCGAAUUGUGCAACUCCUGAGCGAAAGUUACAAUCCGCACGUGAGAUGUGGUGCCACAUUAGCUCUAGGUAUUGCAUGUGCAGGUACCGGUAUGCAGGAUGCCGUUCAGAUUCUGGAACCAAUGACUAAGGACGGCGUGGACUUCGUCCGUCAGGGAGCUUUUAUUGCUCUCGGCAUGAUCCUUGUCCAACAGUCUGAGUCGACUCCUUCUAUGGCAUCGACUCGCGCCCUCUACGCGAAGGUGAUAUCCGAUAAGCAUGAGGACCCGAUGGCACGUUUUGGUGCUGCCCUUGGUCAAGGUCUUAUUGAUGCGGGGGGGCGCAAUGUUACCAUUAGCCUUCAAAGCCGUGCAGGUACCCGCAAUACAAGUGCUAUUGUGGGGAUGACACUAUUCUGUCAAUUCUGGUAUUGGUACCCAUUGGCUCACUGCGCGUGCCUUGCCUUUGAGCCAACUGCUAUCAUCGGCCUCAACGAGGACUUGAAGGUGCCUAAAUUUGAAUUUGUGUCGAAUGCGCGACCGAGUUUGUUUGCCUAUCCUGCGCCAGCAACACCACCUAAGAAGGAGACGGCCGCUAAGAUGGUCACUGCCGUGCUUUCUACCACUGCGAAGGUGAAGGCAAGAGAGAAAAAGAAGGCUGCCGCCGACCAGGAGAGUAUGGACACAGACGAGAAGGUGGAAGUCAGGAAGGACACAGACGUAGAAAUGAAGACCGAAGAGGCCCCCUCGUCGUCAAGACGGAAGUCUGAACCUGCCUCUGAAAAACUGGCCAAUUUUUCUCGUGUUACCCCUAUUCAGCUGGGCUACGUCAGCUUCCCAUCUGAUGGUCGAUACCAGCCCGUCCGCCCGGUAACGUCCAACACACUAAUUCCCAAGGGUACCAAGGGAGCAUCCUCUCAGCCCACUAAAAAAGGGCUGGUAUCAGAACGGUACGCUGGUGGGGGCGGCAUCUUAAUCUUGGUUGAUGAGCGUCCAAUCGAGGAAGCCGAGUUCAUCGAGCUCCAACCCCCGGCUCCACCGGGCGGCGGUCCCACCGGAGGUGCUGUGCCAAACGGCCAUGCGGACGUCGCAGACCGUCAGUUGCACAUCGACCUGAGUUCAAACACAGAGGCGGACCCGCCUGAGCCCUUCGAGUAUCCAUUUGAUAGCUGAAGUAUUACCUCGGGAGUCGUAUUACAGUAAACGAACGCCCCUCAGACUGUUGUAGUUUUGACAAUUUUUGUGUGGAACUUGCCACUGAGAGAGUGCACGUGACUUGCUGUGACCUUGCGUAUGCGCGAUCUCUGAAAAGACGCGAGUGGCCGGU